ACUGCAGCAUCCAGUAGGAUCCAUCUUUCCUCCCUGCGUCUCCUCCUCAGCUGGUCUCCUGCUCUGGCUCCUCUCCUGCCGCUCUCCCUGCCUUGAUCGGACGUGCUGCGCCUGCGGCACUCACACCGGACCGCACGCAGACGCAUACUCAGCCACAACCGCACAAACAGACGCCCACUCAGCACUGCAGGGACACAGGCCGGGUCGGGAUGGACGUUCUGAAGAAGGGCUUCUCCAUCGCUAAGGAGGGGGUGGUUGCUGCCGCAGAGAAGACCAAGGCCGGGGUCGAGGAGGCGGCUGCCAAAACCAAGGAGGGUGUCAUGUAUGUGGGUACAAAGACCAAAGAAGGGGUGGUAACCAGCGUGAACACAGUGGCAAUGAAAACUACUGAGCAGGCUAACAUUGUGGGGGAUGCGACAGUUGUCGGCGCCAAUGAAAUCACCCAGAAGACAGUGGAAGGGGUGGAGAAUGUGGCUAUGUCGACCGGCCUGGUGAAUCCGGAUGACCCAGCCAAUAAGGCAGACAUAUUGCAGCCCGGAGGAACUGAGGAGCAGACUGGGAACAGCGGCGAGCAGGAGUUUUAGCCCAGCAGUAUCGACACCCUCAGCCCUGUCUUUCGUCAGCAGGGGACCCUACAGCACUUGUGCCUCCAUCCCCCCCCACCCCGAGCUUCAGGUCUCUCUACGCUUAUGUCAUUUUUGUGAUUCUAUCAAAGCCUAUACUCUCCCACCCCAAUGCACUGCUGACCUCCUGUCCUCACUUCCGCCUCACCUCUGAGUCUCACCAGUGCCCUCUCCGGUGGCCCACCUUCGCUGCGCUCACACCCACAGUCAGACGGGUGGGGGGAGGGGCAGGCCGUCUAUAUGAAACACAGCCGUACAUUUAACCCUCGCUGUGUUAGAAGUGCAGCAGUUCAAGAUCUAUGAAUAUUAUGCACGUUGGUAGAGAAUUUAACAUCUCAGCUAAUAUACGAUAUAUGUACUUACCUUAAUUUGCUUAAUGGUGAAUAUUGAUAAAGGACGACAUCUUAACUGAUUCUCCCCAGCCCAGGGUCAAUGGGAUUACGGGCUGAGUCAGGCUAUGAAUCUGAGUGCUAUAAGACCUGUGACAGUCCCCUAAUGUAGACGGCUUUACAGAGAGAGUGGGCCGUAAAUCCAGCCUGCUUUUGGGUCCGUGUCUGUGACCGUUUAUUUGAUUGCAGCUGGGUGGCACUGAGACACGGCCACUCAUUAGGGGUAAUAACAUUAAGCGAAAACUUAAAAUUUCAAGACGGUCUUUCAGCAUGUGCACAGUGUCCGGUCAAAGGGCAGCAUCAAGCCUGGUGUGACAGAGGGGAAGGACUCACCUUCUGUAGGAUGUGGAUUCUUUCACAGCAGAGGGAAUGUCUCCAACCUCCAGCAAACAACUUCAGUCCACCGCAUCUCUGCUCGUCCAUCGGCCAGCCCCCGAAUACCAGACCCUGGCCCUCACACAGCUCUGUUAAGUUCAGCUCACUGAAACUGAUUUUUUACAAUACUGCCGUGAGGCUGGAAGGCUGCAUGUUGCCUUAUGUCUCAUACAAAUGCAAAGGCACAUACGACAUACAAUAUACAUUCAUCUUCAAAUGUCACUCUAAUGCACAUUACAGGCAUCAGGGCAGACAGCCGAUUUUGUAAACUGUACAACUGAAAUAAAGGCAAUUUAGUCCAAA